CCUAUGACCUGACUCUCCGCGGAGCUGCUCUAGUUGAACCCUGUAGAGUAGAUAGAAGGAAGUUCUCAUCAACGACGUCGCGAAGUUAUCAUCGCAUUGUGACGUUAACGUCACGUUUACGCCUUCAGUCGGGACAACCAAAGCCAAAUAGCGUGGUGAGUCACCAUCACUCACCUUGUGCUGACCGGAUACUGUGCGGGCAGACAGAGAGUGACCAUGCCGUUGUUUGGCCCGAAACAGAGCAAGGAAGGCAAGCGGAGGAUGGAGCAUAAGAUGACCCUGGCCAAGUCCAGUCCAGAGCCUUCCUAUGACCUGUCUGACUGUGAGUUGACAGAGGUACCAUCAGGAGUAUAUGCUCUCUGUAAAGUGCUGCAGAAAGAGGUGCUUUUGCUCCAUUCCAACCUCUUAAGUUCUCUCAAAGGAGGUGGUGUAUUGAAGGAUUUAUGUGCUUUGAGGGUCCUUGAUCUUCACCAGAAUAGACUGUCAUCUGUACCAGAUGACAUUGGUGAGCUGGACACCCUACAGGUGUUAAACCUGGAAAAUAACAAAUUGACAAGCCUCCCUGAAUCUGUCGGUCGGCUACAAGCUCUGCAAACCCUCAACUGCAGAGAAAACCGUCUGACAGAUGUCCACAGUGCCAUUGGUAACCUAAAGAGCCUUCGUACCUUGGACCUGUCCAGAAACAGGGUCUCUGUCCUGCCCAAACAGCUGUGCAGGAUAAAGACACUGGAGAGCCUCCUGGUGGAUGUCAAACAGAUGGUGUACCCUCCAGCAGAACUAUGCGAAGGAGGCACUGCUGAAAUAAUGAAGGCUUUGUGCGCAGCAAGUGGGGAAGAAUACACUCCUCCCACACACCAUCUGUUGCCUGUACUGGAUGCUGGGCCCAAGUCAGGGGCCACAUCUCCAGACACUGACAAGAACUUACUCAUCCAACAGGAGUAUGACAGGAGUCUGCAGGAAUCAUUUCUAGUGUAUGAAAGGCUCAAGGAACAGAAGAGACGUGAGCAUGUAGAGUUGGAAGCCCAGCUGCAGGCAGGCCACCAGGAGCAGAUGGUCAUGUUCUCCCAGGCUUCGCAGGCCAGACAGAACAUCAUCACUGUUAUGGCAAAGGAGCAGGACAAGAUGGAUGGAGAAUUGACUGAUUUACAAAACCGAAAGGACCAGGAAAAGCAGAGGCUUGUUCACACACUGCAGAGUGCUGAGCAGAGUGCAGCAGAGCUGGUCAGAUAUCUUAUGGAAACUAAUGAGAAAGCAAGGAAGACGGAAGCUUUGUUGGAAGCCAUGGAGAAAGAGAGGAUAGAGAUGGAGGAAACUGUCAGUUCCCUGCAGCAGGAGCAUGAGAACCUACGGAAAAAAGAAGUGCUAGCUGCCAUGAGCCAGAUGCUGGCAGAGAACUACAACUUUGAACAUCUGCGGCAGCAGUAUGAGGCUACACGUGACGCUGUAGCCAGGCACGCACAACACAGUGUGAGUGAUGAGUCUGACAGGAUAGACGUCCUAUUGGAUGGGAAACAACAGAACCAGGCAGCACUGGUGCACAGGAUGGCACAAGAGGAAGAGUUUCAGAAGAAGGCUUUUGAAGCUUUGCAGCUGGAGAAAGACAUGAAACACAGCAGGAUCACUGGUCAGAUUGCACUUAUUGAGCAGCAGUUAGUCCAACUGACUCUGGUAGAGAUGGAGAAGAAGGCACUGAGAAUGGACAUGGAACAGGAGGUGCUGUGCCAGAAGCGGACAGCUCUGACAGCCUUACUGGUACAGCUGCUGGAGGAGAAACAAACCAGAGAACAGGAGCUGAAGAAAAGGCUGGUUGAGAUGGAGAGGCACAGACAGGAGGAACAGGAGGACUACUGGCUCAUCUUAUAUCAGAGGCUGCUGGACAGAAAACCUCAGCAGCUUGUCAACAAGGAGGCUCAAGUUGACAUUGAUGUUCUAAAGCUGAUGAACGGUGUUGGGGCAGAGGACUACAUCCCUGUGUUUGCCCGUCAUCACAUCUUCACCAUGGAACAACUGAGUCAGAUGAGUAACCAGGACCUUCAACAGAUCGGCAUGCAUGAGUUUGGACUACGACAGGAGAUAGUGUCGGCAGCAAAGAAAUGGCAAGAGGAAUUCGAAGGGAAGAAAAAGGUCCCUGACAAACAGGAUAGGCCUGAAGCAUCUGCACCUGUACCUGAACCAACAGCAGAGGUCCCUCCUACAGCACCUGCAGCUGUUCCCACUGCACCUGCCAGAGACACCUUAGCCAGGGUCAUCACAGAGUGUGUUGUGUGUAUGGAGCAAAACUCAUCUGUGUUGUUCCUGAACUGUGGCCAUGUGUGCUGCUGUGCUGGGUGUGCAGGUAACAUGGAGCAGUGUCCGCUGUGCAGGGGUGACAUCGUACAGAGGGUUAUCCUGGUCUCUGUAGAAUAACAGGGUAACAUGGAGCAGUGUCCGCUGUGCAGGGGUGACAUCGUACAGAGGGUUAUCCUGGUCUCUGUAAAAUAACGGGGUAACAUGGAGCAGUGUCCGCUGUGCAGAGGUGACAUCGUACAGAGGGUUAUCCUGGUCUCUGUAGAAUAACGGGGUAACAUGGAGCAGUGUCCGCUGUGCAGAGGUGACAUCGUACAGAGGGUUAUCCUGGUCUCUGUAGAAUGAGGGUAACAUGGAGCAGUGUCCGCUGUGCAGGGGUGACAUCGUACAGAGGGUUAUCCUGGUCUCUGUAGAAUAACAGGGUAGAUGACAUUUCAAUCUCAACUUUGUCUGAUUUGUAAUUAAUGCACAGCCUUUUCUACUUUUAGAUUUAAGGCCAACAUCUUUCAAGUUUACUAAUUGGCCAUUAUUGAUAGUCCUGAGACUUAGAUUUUCUAUUCACAGUGCAUAUAAAGUGAUGCCAUCUGGUAUAUAUAUAUAUGGUAUACAUAAUGUAUGUAUUACAUUAGGAAUGUAUAGCUUACAAACACCUGUAUAAAGGACCUGUCAGAAACUGGUUGAGCAGUUUAUUGUACUUCUCCAGUCUGACAGUUGUUGAUUGUUGAUAUAUAACUCAAAAGUUUGGAACCCCAAAUUAGAUCAAUCAUAUCUUCAUUUAAUUAUUACUUAUCAAUUGAAUAGUAUCCAGUAUAGAUCACUGGAAAGCAUAUUUAUUACCCUUUACAAUUAUACCAUACUUGUCUUGAUCCCAAAGUCAAACACCAUAGCUGACUGUGCAAGUGAGUCACAAAACAAAUUUCCAAAAUUUCCCUACCAACAGUCUGACAUUGGUAGCUAAAGGGUAAUUUCAGCACUUUUUAGUAUUACCCUCUCACAAAAGCGUUCUCAUAACAUUGAGGUACUAUUUUAAAGGAACAGUAUUUCACAUGCACAUGCAGAGCCCGAAAUACUUUUUUUCUGCAUACCUGCACUGAUUCAGGUAACACUAAAAAUUGCCUGCACCAGACAAAUUUCACCUGCACCACUCUGAAUUUAGGAAGUAUGGAUCAUACUAAAAUUGUUCAGGAAUCAUUGCUAUUUUUUCUUCUAUACUUUACAGGUGGUAACAUUCAAUGCAACUGAUAACAAUCCACAUAUACCUACACCAAAUGACAUUUAUGCAUAAAACCAACUUACAUGGACCAGUGCAGGUUAAGUGCAGGUAGACAUCAGAAAUACCUCGCAGAUCCAAUUUUACCUGCACUAACCUGCAUAUGCAGGUGGUAUUUCGAGCCCUGUCAUGGUUUCUAGUGAUAGAACACAUAAUAAAUGCUAAUUACUACAAAACAAAGGACACAUAAUAAAGAGAAAUUUUUUGGCACUUUUUUUUUACACCUACAGUAACUAGCCUUAAGUUGAUGUUCCAGCCAUGAACUAACUUAAAGGUAUCAAACGGGAUAUCAUUGUAAAAGGCAAUAAAUAAACUUUCAAAUACAUAUAGGAAAUCUGAGAUAUGAUCAACUGAUCGUAUGAUCAAGUUUAUCGUGCCUAGUUUAUAUGAAAUGAAGCAGAUGCAUGACUGUAUAUACAGAAUGUCUAUGGUGUAAAGUGUCAACAUGUAUGUAGCUAGUUUGUGUGUAUUGUGUGUAUGUGCAUGCACACUUAUGUGUGUUUUGUUUUCUCUAAAAAUAACAUCCUGGCCUGUAACUGGAUAUACAAAAUGUAUAGCAGACUGAGUAUUAUGCAAUAAUGAUCUCCACUUUUAGAUACAAUGUAUUGAGAUUUGAAUAAAGAAGUCUGCCAGGAACUUGAUAGUCGUUUUUGUGCGGUGGUAUUGCUUAAAGGGUAAAGCAGGUAUCCCACUGGACACAUUAGCGCCACAAACCAGCCAAAAUCAGCACAAAUUCGGCUAUGGUCAAUUACGGCAUGUGACACUGCAGUAGACAUAGUAAAAUGGGUAUAUGCUUGUUAAAUUUGAUAGCAGGGUCGUAUUGCAAUGAAAUUUCACAAGGUACUAGUAGUCAUUGAAUGAAAUAGAGCACCGGGCAUGUUGUGUUGAUAUGGUGGAUUUUUUUGGUUAAAAACACACAUUUUGGUUUUUAAACAUUAGGUCUUUUUAAUGUGUCCUGUCCUCGGUGGAGACAACGUUCUGGACUCUCAUAUUUCAAACAACGACACAUUACCUCGAGUAGAUUGUUUGUCCAUCGCCAUUUUGUAUGAUACUUCAUCAUAACUUUUUUGGGUCAAAAAUAGGCAAAAUGGAGAUUUUUUUUCAUUUCUGGUCAAUUAUUCGCUCUAGACGAAAUCCCUUUAUAAUUAAACCAAAUAGCGAUGGAUAAAUUUCUUUUACAAGGGAUUGUAGAUGCAAAUUUACAGUAUACUGUCAGCAAAAGUACUGUUGUCACCAAGGACGAAGCCCGUAAAUGUGAUGGUAAUGGUCCGCCAGAAACGCUGCUAAGUGCCGCUGUCGUUUUCCCACCAUUUCAUAUCCCGGGGGUUGAUGGAUUGUUAUUUUUGGGUAUGUAGAUAGCUUGAGUGAUUAUUGACAUUUUUAAUUGAAAUUAAUUAUGCAAACUAGGAGUUAAUUUGCAUAAUAGAUAAGGAAAGUUUACAACUCUGCUACGGUCCAUGAUGUGGCUCACAAACACAACUUAUGAAACUGAGAAAGCAGAAUAUCAAUUACAGAAAUAAAGAUCUAAUUUGCAUAAUUAAUGAGACAGAAUAUAUGCUAUAAUUCCAUUUCAGUAGAGAAGAUGAACUGAUAAAUGCAAAUUGGUACCUUGAUCGAGGUAAUCAAUGAGAAACAUGAUACAUUACUCAAAAAGCUUAACAUUAUUUCAAAGGUAUGAGGUCAUGGAACUCUAGUCUACACAAUCAAUUAACGUUGCACAUUUGUUGUAAAUGUUAAUAUAAUUGAACUUGUAGUACUUUACAUGUAGUUAUUAGUUAGCAUUACAUCAUUCUAUUUCUUUCUAAACUGAUUCCUCUAAUCAGUAACACGUACCAUUUAUGCUUCGGUGGGCUUCAGGCAAAAAACAUUGAAAAUCUAAGAAAGUCAAGUCAAUAAAACACAAUGUUUUGUCUCACUACUGCCAUUUAUAUUCAUCACAUGGUACUAUUUCAACCGUAACCAUACAACUUUUAGGCAUCCAUAUUUCACCUACCUUUUGCAGUGUAGUCAUUAUAGUUUUGUACUUAAAAAAUGUAAUAAAGUUUUACUAGGGUCACAACAUUUUAUCUUGCAUGACCUGUCAAAUAGCACUAACAUGCACAUGUCGUGUGUUGCAAAAAGUCUCUGCAUUAUUCACUGCUCCCUCCGCAAUGAAAGCAUGUAUUUACAAGUACAUGUGCCUGAAGUAGUACUGUGAAUCUUUCCAUUGGUUUUUGCACCCAGCUCUAGUGCCAUCUGUAUGUUGAGAAAACAAGACCGUAAUUUUCCAGAAAGUGUCAUCAGACAUGUGGCUCCUUAACAAGAACAAAUCUAAGACAAUAUCAUUAAAUCUUGGAUGCCAGUUACAAUUUUAUUAUGUGUGAAAAUUAAAGCCGGCAAAUAGCAUUAUUGAAGGAUUCCCCAACAACAUAAUGUAUAUUUGACUCAUUCUAUACUACAUUGUACAUAUACAGUCAACAUGCACCUCUAGAACUACCGGUAGUUUUUUCUUUCUUUCAAAAACAACAAUGUAAAAUUCUAAA